GAUUAUCAUCUCAACAUGUUAAAGAAAUUCCUAAGGGAUUCUAUCUCUACAACAACAAUAUGUAAUAACACUGAUUUAAGGGUUUUGUCUAGUAGUAUUAAUUAUUACUACUAGUUUUGAAACUGGAGGUCUCAGUUUCGUGCUCCUACAGUACCACUACCUAACUGUAAAAACUAACAUGUGCUACAGAGUUUUAUUGGCUGAAACACUCAGCAUUAAGGUUUUAACGGUUUCUAAUAUACACACAAUUAAUAAUUUAUAAAUACGGUAGGUUGAUUUUCUGCAAAUUUCCAUGUUUGGAUAUUUCUAAGAUAAUCUCCGCAUAUAGAAGUAAUCCUAAGGGAUUCAUGUACUUUGAAUUUCACUUGAUAAGUUUGAGUGAUUGAACUUAGCUAAUUAUAUAAUUUUACAAAUAUUGGUCAAUUGUCACCUCUAACAAACGACAAAAUUACUAUUAACAUCAAUACAACAUUGUUUCAAUGCUUAAAGUUACAAUUAUGGAUGGUAACUGAGCUAAUGCUUAACUACUAAACAAAGUCUUUUGUCUUCUACUCUUUUUUUCAAUCAAUGCUUAACACAUGUUUAUGUCAUAUCCCAAGGCCAUUAAGAAAAGAGAAAGUACAUGUAAUCCUCACUGGCCCAAAAUCUUGCCAGAAAAGAACAUUUAACCCAAGAUGACUGAAAGGUUUCGUAGCCCUUGGGGGAGCAUAGCCCAAAGGCCCUGUCUACUCUAUCUCCCUAAAGCAAUGUGCCUCUUUGGGCUCAACUCAGCCCAAUCAGCUCCAUUAACACAACCAAUAAUGAGUUUUGGAUUCUUAUGGUACGACUCCACUAGAUUUCUUAAAACUCGAUUAAUUAUUUAAAAAUGAAGUGAUACAUGCAUUAGCAAACCUCUAUAGUAUAAUAUAUCAACACUAAACCACUGCCCAAAAUGGCAAACCGACAGUAUUAGAAAUCUAGGCAAUCAAAUUAUGGAUCCGGCCCGCGGGUGGACUUUUCAUCAGUAGAUACUCCAAUUUCAGACGAAUAAAUAUGAGGUCACUAAACUUUGUGAUAAUUGUUGAACUAACAUAUGACUUUAACUUAUCAACAAAGUACUGACCGGUGGAAAGUAACACAAUGUUUACUUUAUCUGUCUCUCCUUGAUUCUCCCUCUCGAUAGACUGGAUUGUCUGCUUGAAACAUAUCAAACUCAUCCAUAUUCAAAGCUUCAAUGAUGAAUUCUAUAAAAUUGAGAGUUUGAUGACCGAUUUGUUAGCCACUAAAAAGUUAGGUAGCAUUGAUGUAGUUGACCCUUCCCAGCCCAGUUUCGGGGUAAUCUGUGGACUGUGGGUUAUCGUUUUGCCAAGAGAGAGAGAGAGAAAGAGAGAGAGAGACAAGGAAGAAAACUGUUGAGCCGAAAAUGGAAAGAAGAGGAAAGGAACAAAACCAUGGGCAAAUCCUCUGGCGACCGCAAAACCAAAACCGGCUGCUCCCUCCGCCACCAUCUCCUCCUUCUUCUGUAUAUUACUUUCCUUCCUCCGCUGACCACCUCCUUCUUAUCCCCACUCAUUAUCUCAAAACCCUGCACUGCUUUUGACACCGCCGCCUUCGUUUGAUCUCCAUUUCUUGAAACUAUUCAUCGUCUCCGGGUAGCUAGCUGUUUCCUCUUCUGGGAUAACUGAGUGAAAAAGGCUUGCUUUUCAACAAAAGCAGUCCUCUGCGGCAUUUCGUCGAACACCCUGUUCCGCUCAUCAUUUCUCCAGCUGGGUAUGUACCAGAUAUUAUUUCCCCCUCAUAAAAUUUCACUCUUUAUCCCCUUGAGGCCAAAAGGUACAUUGUAAUUCUGCUGUUUCCCUUUUCAAUCUGAUGUGCAUAGAGCAAAAGAAAGAGAAGAUAUUUAAUUAAUUAGAAGCAAAAAAAAGAGAGCUGCAAACUGCUGCCGCUGAAACCUUUGCUUGCUUUCUUUUCCUAGUGUUGAAUGGAGCAACAACAGAAUGGUUUACCAGGUGGGUUGUUUUCAGGAGGGAUGGCAUCUACAGGAAUGCUACAGGGUCUAGAAUUUCCGCUCCACCCGCAACAACCAAACCCUCAAAACAAUCCCCAGCCAAACUUACAGCAGCAUAGUUCACACCACCACCACCACCACCAUCCUCAAAUUGUGGCUUCUGCUUUUACCGCUCCCCACCAACUCCAACCAGUCAAACAAAACAACCCAUACCCACCUCCUCAAUUCACCACCUCAAAGCCCAAAUCCCCGCUAACCGACGACGAGGAUGCAGCCGGAGAAGACCCUCUCUCUGGUGGGGAUCCCAAGCGAAAGAUGUCACCUUGGCAUAGAAUGAAGUGGACUGACAGCAUGGUAAGGCUUCUAAUCAUGGCCGUGUACUAUAUAGGCGAUGAAGUUGGUUCAGAACCCAGCGAACCAGCCCCAACAACAUCGAAGAAGAAGGCAGGAGGAGCCCAAGGAGGGUUGUCUCAGAAGAAAGGGAAAUGGAAGUCUGUCUCAAGAGCCAUGAUGGAGAAAGGCUACUAUGUAUCGCCACAGCAAUGCGAGGACAAAUUCAACGACUUGAACAAGAGGUACAAAAGGGUCAAUGAUAUCCUCGGCAGAGGAACAGCUUGCAAGGUUGUGGAGAAUCAGUCUUUACUCGAGACAAUGGAAUUGUCUCCCAAGAUGAAAGAUGAAGUGAAGAAAUUGCUCAGCUCCAAGCACUUGUUCUUCAGGGAAAUGUGUGCUUACCACAACAGCUGUGGCCAUGGCAACGAGGUCGUUGCUCAUGCAGCUCCACCACCAAACCCUCAAUUGCUGCAGCAGCAGCAGCAGCAGCAGCAGAAGUGCGCCCAUUCUGAGAACAGUGGCCACGGGCCAGCACCCAAUUCCCACGAAGAUGAUGACGAGGAUAGUGAUGAUGAUGAUGAUGACGACGACGAAUACAAUGAGGAAGAAGAAUUCGAGCAUAGCAGCCAUGGACAUGGUCAAGAAGAAGGAGACGACGAGGUUCGUGAUCAAGAGCUGCGGCAUAAAAAGGCAAGAAGGAAGGGGGAGGAGAUGAUGAUGACGACCUCGGCUUCAAUGAGGGAAUUCGGUGGGGAAUUGGCAAGCGUGGUGCAGGACGGAGGGAGGAGUGCGUGGGAGAAGCUGCAGUGGACGAAGGCGACGAUGGUGGAGCUGGAAGAGCAGAGAAUUGGGUAUCAGGCGCAGGCAUUAGAGAUAGAGAAGCAGAGGCUGAAGUGGGUUAAGUUUGCUGGGAAGAAAGAGAGGGAGAUGGAGAGGGUUAAAAUAGAGAACGAGAGGAAGAAGAUUGAGAAUGAGAGGAUGGUUUUGCUUAUAAGAAGGAAGGAGCUUGAAUUGCUUGAUGUUCAACACCAACAGCAACAUCAGCAGCAAAGUUUGUUCGAGCAGGAGGAGCGAUCCCUCCUCGUUUGCUGGGUGAAUGAACACAUUGCAGACUGUCACAAUAGGUUGCUUAGGAUAAUCUUACUUUUGGUUUAUGAUAGUGAUAAAUGUUUUGAAUAAAAGGUCUACUUGGAAGAGAAAAUAUGGCUGAUUGUUUUUUUUUUUUUUUUUUGGUAGUAAAACGGAGCACUAAGGGCACCCCAACCUUUAAUUAAUAGUAACCAUGCGAGGGGUCUGAACCCCAAUCACAUUAAAGUACAGCAAAUGACUCAAACGCGAACAUGGGAGUUCGAUGAUGUGAUCGCCAGGCGGUAGCCCAUGCCCUAAGGAUGCAAGGUAGUCUGCAACCACAUUUCCUUCCCUGAAAACAUGUUGAAGGUCGACUUCCCAAUCACGGUCUAAGAGUCUACGAACCUCAUUGAUAAGUGUGAAGUGAGGAUGGCAGUUUCUUGCCUCCUUAAUCAACUGAAUGAUCACCAUAGAAUCCACUUGUAGCCGACUAACACUUCAGCACUGGUGCAAAAGAGAUUUUGGCCAAAGAGGGAUGGAAAAAAUGAAUUUACACACCUGGUGGGACUCGAACCCACAAUCGUUUGAUUAGAAGUCAAACGCCUUAUCCAUUAGGCCACAGGUGCCUGUUUACUUUUUUUAUUACAAUUCAAUUUUUAAAUUCAAUUAUAUGAAGUCAUUAUGAGUGGUAACAUCACAAACCAUCCACUAGUCCAUCUAGGAGUACAAUAUUUUUGGCGCAUGGAUCCGCUUGGGAUUGUUGAAAUGAAUGUAAUUUGUGCUGUGUGUUAACUAAAAUGAUAACAACAUAGCAAUUAACAUUCUUUGUUGCU